AUGGGAAUGGAUUCGAGUAUUCCAAGAGACACAUCCUUUACUAAUCUUUUAGAAGAUAGUUAUGAUGAAUAUAUGUCAGGAUCUUCACAUAUAAGUGGUGAAGAUAGUAUUCCACAAACUCUAGCAUUUAGUCAAAUGUCUCUACCCCAAGUUGAAUCCGCAGCUAAGAAAUUACAACGUGGUAGCAACUUCUCCAUACAAGAAGACGUGCUUCUUGUGUCUGCAUUUCUCAAUGUCAACCAAGAUGUAGUGCAAAGCACUAACCAAAAACGCACAACAUAUUGGUCAAGAAUUUGGGAGUAUUACCACCAGUGGAAAACCUUCACUUCUGAGCGUAUGGUGGGUUCUCUAACGAACCGAUGGUCAACGAUUCAACUUUGCACCAAUAAGUUUUGUGGGUGUUUGGCACAAAUUGAAUCAAAGAAUGAAAAUGGUAAGACUGAUGAAGAUAAGGUUUCAAUUGUAAACUUGGAGAGACCACCAGGGGUGAAGACCGAAAAAGAAAGAUUGAAGAAACAAAAAUGCAAAGAAGGCAUGACUUUACACAUAGAAGACAUAUUGAAUGUCACGAUGGAAGAAAGAAGAAAAACAAAUGAGAUGAAAAUGACUUGUAUUAAGAAAGGAUGUCUUGCAGAACAGGAGCAUGAGAUAGCACGAAUUCAACUUAAGGAUAAAAAACUUGAAAUAGUAAGAAUGAAAAUGGAAUUGGAUAUGAAAAGAUCAAAAGAGGAAUAUGAAAUGGAAAAAUUGAGAAUGGAAAAGCUGAAGGAGGACAAUGAAAUGGAGAAAUUAAGAAUGGAAAAGUUGAAGGAGGACAAUGAAAUGGAGAAAUUGAAAAUGAAUCAGAUGAAGGAAGAAAAAGAGCUUAUGAUGAUGGAUGUAAGUAUGUUGUCUUCAGUGCAGCAAGAAUAUAUUCAUCAAUGCCAAAUGGAAAUCCUUGAAAAACGAAGGUCUCGUUCUUAG